AGCCCGUCUUGGCAACUGUCCUUUAGCACUGGCUGUACAGUGUUAAUUGGGUCUUUUUGGUGUGCCAUAGGAGGUCAGCUCAGCCAAAGUCCAGGUGCGAGGCCACCCUUUGAUAACCGGGCAGACUUGACACCAAGCGUGAAUAACGGCACUAUUUUCUGCCAGCGUUGAUGACGUCCUAUAGAUAAAAAUACCAUUCGGACUUUUAAGAAUAAAAAAUAACGAUUAAAAUGUAAGAAAUGUUGAAUAAUUUAAUUGUACAAUCUAGAGCACUGAAUAGAUCCAUCUGACGCGCCUUAGUUUAAGAGUGAUAGAGAAUUUUCUUUUCAGUAUUCUUAUCCGUGAAAACACUCCUGAUGACUUUUAACUCUCUAAGGCUACACUUUUGCAAACAAACUCAUUCUAAUGUGUGUUUUCAUUACCCGGUUUAUGCAAUAUUGCCGCCUUUAACAUGGUCGACUGUCUCAUAGCAUGUUUCUCACGCUUCUUCAGAGCCCACGGCCAUGUUUUACUCGAGCGCUAAAACUGGGAAGAGUCAAUCAUCAGGGGAACUUCAAGAGCGCCGGUGCUGGAAAGGCACGGUGGCUCACACACAGACUGCGAGGCUCGGGGCGUGUUUUUUUUCUGCUGUGGGUGUUUCCCAAGCCGGCCGUGGGCGGCAACGCUCCCGCUCCUGCGACUGAGGCUCCAACGGUUCGUGGGAAAGAAGUUCAGAGGGAUUUGUAGUCACUAAGCAAGGGCUACCUGUGCGCACAAGCACCGCCGAGGACACGUUGAGGAAAAACCCAUUAUCACGAUGAAGAGGCCUUGUGAGGAUACUACUUCUGACAGCGACAUGGAUGAAACCAUUGAUGUUGGCAGCGAAAACAAUUAUUCUGGGCAAAGUAGCGGUUCAUUCAUAAGAUGCAGUUCACCCACAACAACUACCCAAGUUAUGGCCCGGAAGAAAAGAAGAGGGAUCAUCGAGAAGAGACGGAGAGACCGAAUAAAUAACAGUUUGUCUGACUUGCGCCGUCUGGUCCCAACAGCAUUUGAAAAACAGGGCUCUGCCAAAUUGGAAAAAGCGGAAAUAUUGCAGAUGACAGUGGAUCACCUAAAGAUGCUCCAAGCUACCGGCGGCAAAGCAGGGUAUUUUGACGCUCAUGCCCUGGCUAUGGACUUCAUGAGCAUCGGCUUCAGGGAGUGUCUGACUGAGGUGGCCCGCUACCUGAGCUCCGUGGAGGGCCUGGAGUCGGGGGACCCUCUACGUGUGCGCCUGGUGUCCCACCUGAGCAGCUGUGCGUCCCAGAGGGAGGCGGCCGCCAUGACCAGCUCCAUGGCCCACCACCACCACCACCACCCCCAAGCUCUGCACCCGCACCACUGGGCCGCGGCGGCCGCUGCAGCCGCCCUCCACCCUCUCCCCGCCGCCUUCCUCCACAACGGACUCCCCCUGUCCCCGUCCGAGGCGCCCUCCGGCAGGCUCUCAGAGGUCCCCCAGCGGGGCUCAGCGCUGCUCACCGCCACCUUCUCCUCCUCCUCCUCCUCUUCCUCCUCCUCUUCCUCCUCCUCCGCCACUUCCUCGCACUCCGACGCCACUCUCAGGGCGCCCUCUACGGGCAACGUGGCGCCCUGCAUGCCCCCGCAGAUCUCCACCUCUCUGCUGUCGCUUUCGGCCACUGUGCACGCCGCUGCUGCGGCCGCCGCAGCCCAGACCUUCCCCCUCUCCUUCCCCGGGGGCUUCCCUAUCUUCACACCCGGCCUGACUGCCGGCACGUCCAGCAGCCACGCCACACAGGCCCACAGGUCCUCCAUUUCCAGCAGCACAUCCACGUCCCAGCAGACCGGCAGCAGCAGCGGUAGCAGUGGCAGUAAACCGUAUCGGCCUUGGGGGACUGAAGUGGGAGCCUUUUAAGUUUGUCGCAAAAAAAGAAAGUGUUCUUCCCCGCCCCGAGUGCUUGGUGUGGUUGGAAGUCUUCCACACUUUGUAGAUAAAGGACGGGGUUUUUUUUUAAAUCAAAUGCCUAUGAACUUGUUUGUGUGUUUGUUUGUUUGUUUUCUGGUCUACAAGUUUGUUUGUUUUUUUUAUCUUGUGACGGCGACAUCAAAAACAUGAGCAAGUUGACCCCUGAGGAGUGAGAAAAUCCCCAGAUGUUUUUUUUUUUUUUCUUCAAAUGUUUCACACUACAGAGGACAUAUUUGAAUCAUAGCAAAAGGGUUAUAUUACUACAAAUUGCCUCUCAGUUACUGAGAUUUCUGACAGAAUCGGUUGCUCUCCAUUUGUUCCAGUGUUUGGUGGACAUUUCUCCCCACCUAAAUCGAUUUCCCCUGGGUCAUACCCAUGUUCUUGUGAGUUAAGAGGCAGCAUGGCACCAGUCAGUUUUCACAGCAUGAAAAGAUACCCUGAUGUAUUUUUUUAUUUUUUUUAUUAAGCUUGGCCAGAUAGACUUUUAACUGUAGUGGGCAUUACGUUGUUAAUACUUAGCACUCUGUUGUCUUGCAUUGAACACACACAUGUUGCACAAUCUGUGUUGUGUUUUAAGGGAAGACAACAAAUAUCUUAACGACAAACCAAAGUAUUUUUUUUGAUAAUCAGCUGGCUACAGUAUGAAUCAAUUCAGUGUGUUUUUGUUAACUAAAUCAUUUAACUAACAAAAGGAAAGUCUGUAAAUAUGUAUAUGUUUGGUAAAGAUAAAGUAGAAUUUAUAUUGAAAUUAGAGAAAAACUUUUAUAUCGGUAUGCACUUCAAUAACUGCUGUUUCGGAUGGGACAGGAGCUUUUCCAUCAAAACACUAAAGUUAUAACAAAACUUACAGACCCACAAAGAAAAGUAAGCACUCUUUUAUUUUGUUUUUUUUUCUCCAACAUUUUUUCCUGUUCAACGAUACUACUGUACUUGGUUUUUAGUUUUUUUUUUUGCAUUUUUGCAAAAAAAAAUGAUAUAUAUAUAUAUAGUACCCUGUUUCUGUUAAAUGUAACAGUUUUCUAUGCAAACAAAAACCACUCCAGAUGUCACUGAUUAAAUAUGAUGUUUUUUUGAAA